GCUCAAGGGCUAGUGGAUUAUUCUGCUCUUCAGAAACAACUGAAGGACGACUCAGCCAAUUGUCGAAAAUACCGCAUCCUUACCAGAUCCCUUUUUGGAACAAUGCAACAGAAUUAUUUAUAUCCACAAAUCUACAUGGUGGAUGGGAAUCCGAAUAUCAACCCUUGUGUGACAGCACCUGCCUGGUCAUUACAACCAUUGAAGAAGAAAAGGAAAUUAGACUGGAGGAAUAUAGGCACUAUCCUGAUUCUGUUCUUGGUCCUCCUAGCAUUAGCAGGGGUGGCAUUGGGCACAAUGCACAUAAUGCAACUCCAAAAGGAACUGAAUGAAUUGAAACAGGUCAAUACUGCCAGAGAACCACGGACGGAGAAGCAAAUUGGAUUUCGAAACCUUACAGUCCCUGUCAAACAGAAAGAAAAAGCUGCACAUCUCACGGGAAAGAGCUUUACUGGGGAUUCCAAGACAAUUAUGUGGGAAGACAGUUUGGGCCAUGCCUUCACCAGAGGCAUACAAUACAAAGACAGAGGGUUACUUAUCAACGAAACAGGGCUUUUCUUCAUUUACUCCAAGGUCUAUUUCCGAGGGCAGAUCUGCCAGAAGAAUAUGUACUUAGAACACAACGUGUUCAAACGAACUGAACGCUAUCCCAAAGACAUAAUCUUAAUGGAAAUGAAGACGCUCAACCCGUGCACUGGGAAUGGAGCACGAUGGAUCAAGAAUAGCUAUGAAGCAGGAAUAUUUCAGUUAUCCAAAGGAGAAAGUGUUUAUGUCAAUGUGUCUCGACCAGAAUUAGUUAGUUUUGAUGAAUCUAAAACUUUCUUUGGUUUGUAUAAACUGUAAUUUAGGUUGCAAACUGAUACAUU